CUGGAUUGUUUCUAGAUUUGUGCGAUACAUUUAUUUCAAUAUUUGACGAUACACUUUGUUGUGAUGCAAACUCAUUAUUUCAUCAUCUCGCGCGACUCAAACUUGAAGUUUCUGCUUGUAUUUAUUUUUAUUUUUUAUUUUUUAUUAAUAAAAAUUAUAUUACAAUAAUUAAUGUAUUAUUUCCUAUGUAUAUGAUAGCGUUUCAUGCAAUAGAAGACUUUUACGUACUCUCGCAUACUUCUCUAAAGUAACACUUAACUCUUUACGAAGCAUUUCCAAUCAAAUGAUUUUUCUUAAUGCAAACGAGGCAGAGUCCAAUUGAAGUGGCGUGGCUCAUUGUGUCCAGAGUACAAUCGUCGAUAUGUAUUGCGGCUGAUAGUCGGCUGACCCCACAGCAGAGAUAAGCGCUGACCCCGAGCUAGGGCAAUCCCGCUCGCGACUUCUGGAAAUGUCGACGCUGGACCACUAGUCAGCAUUGUCUCGAGCACGGGAAUUCCUCGGGAUUUUCACUGGAACUAGCCGGAACAGCCUUGAUUCAUGAGAUGAAAAUUCCGUUGCACAACCUCGGCGAUGCGAAAAUGUUCACGAUCGAAGACGACUCCCUAUCGAGUCCAGAGACCCGGUUCCAGCGAAUGUCGACGCACUUCAAAAUUUUCAAGUGGUUCGUCACGAUAAACGUUCUGCUUUUAUUAAUAUUCUGUGGUUACGCUCUCUGGAGUCUCUACCAGCUGGAAUCGGCUUUACAAUCACGCGAAGGAUAUCUAUUCGACAAGUACGAGAACGCAGGCUCAUCGAGCGGAAAAGUUAACGUUGCGGAACUAAACGACAGCGUCGUCAUCUCGGAUUUCAACGAUUGGCGUAGGUCAAUCCUCGAGAGUCUCGAAAAUUUGCAACAAGAAAAAGAGGAAAAACCGAAUGCGUCUUACAAUUUACAAUUUCUGCUGCACACUAUCACGAGUAUCGUGGAAAAUUUCGUGGACCCUAAUAACGACUCAGCGACACAGGGAAGGAGCAGGUUCGUGAUAACGAAUCUGACCGAUUUCGAGAUACACAUUCUAAAGGAGUUCACGAAAUUGAAGACACUGGAGAACAAUGGCAAUGCGAAGUCGAGGAUCGCCAGGACGACAAAGAAUGUAAAAGAUGAGAGUCAAUGUAAUCUGCAGUUUUCAUUUACUACUAUAAAUACUGAUGACUCAGAGGGGCCCGUUAGAGUUAUCGUCAAGCCUGCGAAAUAUAACGAGGGCAUGAUUAACAUAAAAAAUACAGUUGAUGCGAGGAACAAAAGUAAGAGCGAUAUUAGGGAGUGUUCCUUUAAUAUUAUUUACGAACCCAAGUAGCUAUAGUUGCAUAAUGAUAAUAUUAGAAGUAUGGAUAAACGUUUUUGAAAAUAUUCAUAUUGUAGCUUGUAAAUUUUAAAUUUGAUCCGUACACGUGUUUAUUUAUUACAAUAGAACAUUCGCUACAUAUUUUAAAUACAGUAAUGUGUACAAAUGUAUAUUUCUUCGGGCAUUAUAGAUAACACUUGUUAAUAAUUAUCCAUGCUAAUACCGAAAUAACUUCAGGAAUAUGUCAGCGAUAAUCAACCUUAUGUAUAGCUUAAUUUAUAUACAUAUUAUAUUAUGUAACUCAUCAGAGUUUAUCUGGCACAUAAAGAUACAGCGCGAAGAGGUGGACAACAGAGUGUCAUUGCCAAAUGUUUUAAAGAUCAGUGUGACUUGUGUAGGCAUAGUAACAUGAAGGAACCCUGGCAGAAGAUGAAUUGCAGUAAGAUCUAUAAAUUAGUUUACGCGUGUGAUUUGUAAUUUCUUUCAACCCUGAUUUAUGAUGUUAUUUGGCUCGAGUGUUUAAGUCUGAAAAAUGUUUAUUUAGUUUAAGACAAGUAAAGAUGAAUUUUAUAAUUUAUAUAAUUUUUUGAAAAUACACAAUGUUUUAAUAAAGAAACUUUGUAAUGGUAAA